UUAAGGAAUAUAAAUAAAUCCACCUUCGCAUAGCAUCUGUCAAGCCUCCACUCAUAGCAAAUUUCCAACUUCAUUUCCUUAAAACUUUUGCCUCCAAUCAUCUCUUGUUUCUUAGGUUCUAGAAAUGGGAAAGUUUAUAUGGUUGUGUCAAAUCCGUAGUCUCCUCUUAGUGCUGUUCUUUCUUUCCGUAGUCGAUUCUUUUUUGAGUUUGUCUUCCUCUUCUCUUAAUCCUACCCCUUUGUGUCUACCGGAAGACACCUCCGCCUUGAUCCAAUUCAACAACACCCUAUUCAUUGAUGAAUCUGCUAAAGAUUUAUGUGCAUAUCCCAAAACAAAAUCUUGGAAUGAAAGCACAAACUGCUGCACAUGGGAGGGAGUCACUUGUAAUAAAGUAACUGGUCAGGUGAUUAGCCUCGACCUUAGUUGCUCUAUGCUUGCCGGCUCACUUUCCCCAAACACCAGCCUUUUCCGCCUUCAAGGACUCAAACGACUCGACCUUUCUUUCAACAAUUUCAGUGGUUCGAUUCCAUCUGGGUUUAGUCAGUUAGUAAGUCUGACAUAUCUUGAUCUUUCUGGUUGUUCCUUCUCUGGUUUAGUUCCGUCAAAUAUUUCUUUGCUAUCAAAAUUGAUUUCACUUAAUCUUUCUUCAAAUGGUUUGAAAUUUGGUAGCCAAAGUUUUGACAUGCUUACGCGCAACUUAUCUAAAUUAGAAAAUCUUGUACUUGACCUGGUAAAUAUGUCUGAUGUUGUGCCUACCUCCUUCAUGAACUUGCCUUCAUCUCUAAAGCAGUUGGGGCUUAAGUUUUGUAAUUUGAAGGGGAAAUUCCCUACAGAAAUAUUCCAGUUCCGGUACCUAGAAUAUGUUGAUCUAAGCUUGAACUCUUUGACAGGUUGCCUCCCUAGCUCCAAUUGGAGUAGUCACCUCAAGUACAUUGACCUUUAUGAUAAUCAAUUCAGAGGGUCAAUUCCUGCAUCCAUUGGAAACCUCACAAAAAUCACCUUUCUGGAUUUAUCUAAUAAUGAAUUCCAAGGUCAACUUCCCUCUUCACUUUUCAGCCUUAAACAGCUUACUGAUUUAGUGUUAUCAAACAACAGUCUAGAGGGUUUCCUCCCGACUCAUGUACGCGGGUUUCAGGAUCUAAAAGUUUUGUGUUUAAGUAAUAAUUUGUUAACCGGUGCAAUUCCAUCUUGGCCUUUUACUUUGCCAUCUUUGGAAGAGUUAGACCUCAGUGGAAACAGGCUCUCUGGUCCUAUCAACCAGAUUCAAAAGCCUAAUUCAGUUCAAAAGGUUGAUUUGGGCUACAAUGAAAUCCAUGGUGAAAUACCGAGUUCGUUCUUUGAUCUUGUAAACCUUACUGAGCUUGAUCUUUCCUCAAAUAAUUUUAAUGGUGUAAUCAACUCAGUUAUGUUUUCAAAGUUAGAGAAUCUUUUAACACUUGAUCUUUCAUCAAAUAGUUUUAGCGGUGUCAUCAAAUUAGAUGUGCUUUCAAAGCUAAAGGAGCUUACAGAACUUAAUCUUUCAAACAACACAUUGCUAUCAUGGAGUAGUGACAGUGGCUCUAACACUACUUUUCAAGAGCUCGAUACAUUGUACUUCUCUUCUUGCAACGUAAGGCAAUUUCCAAAUUUCUUACGAUCAGCCAAAAACUUGAGGAUUCUCGAUCUCUCUAAUAAUUCAAUUCAAGGUUCAGUUUUCAAGUGGGAAUCAGAAGGUUGGGAACAAUUGAUUGUUUUAAAUCUUUCCUACAACUCACUGACGGGUUUAGAGCAUUUUCCAGGGAAGAAUCUUAAAUUCCUUGAUCUUCGUUCAAACCUACUCCACAAUCUUCCUCUGACUCCACUACCGCCUUCAUUGCAAGGAUUUUGGAUUUCAAACAACAAUUUGACAGGAAAAAUCCCUCCUUCAAUUUGUAAUUUGACUUCACUUGAUGUCCUUGACAUGUCUAGAAAUUACUUGGGAGGAGUUAUUCCGGCUUGUCUUGGAAAUUUUAGCCACGAGAUCUCAAACAUAAACCUACAAAUGAAUAAAUUUCGUGGAAAAAUCCCUGAUUUUUGCGUCGAUGACAAUGCUUUGGUGAAUCUCGCACUUAACGACAACCAAUUGGAAGGGCUAUUGCCACGAUCCUUGAGUAAUUGUACUUCUUUGAAGUUCUUAAAUCUGGCAAAUAACAAGUUAAGUGACACCUUUCCCCAUUGGUUGCGUGUACUUCCAGAUUUGCAAGUUUUAAUCCUCCGAUUCAACAAUUUUCAAGGUCCCUUGAGCAUUUCCAAUGAUACUAAACCAUCCUUUUCAUCAUUGCAAAUUGCUGAUCUCUCUCAGAAUAAAUUUACUGGCCUCUUGCCUACAACUUUCUUCCAAAAUCUAGAUGCUUUGAAGCAUGCAAUAAGCAGACAUAAAUCAAUGUUUCAAGAAGCCUGGGAAAAUCUAGGACUGUAUCAACAUUUAGCACUCGAUUAUUAUGGUCAAAUUUCAUUGAAUGUAACGAUGAAAGGAUCAGACAUAAAGUUGGAGUACAAAAGAUCGUUACCCAUUUUCUCUGGCAUUGAUUUUUCAAGCAAUAAAUUCUAUGGAAAGAUCCCUGACGUCAUUGGAGAGCUUCAUGCAAUUCACAUGCUCAACCUGUCUCACAACAACUUCAUAGGUCAUAUCCCACCCUCGUUGGGAAAUUUAGUGGAACUUGAAUCAUUAGAUCUUUCAUCAAACAAGCUCAGCGGCAGGAUUCCAUCUCAGUUGACAAACUUGACAUUUCUUGCAGUGUUAAAUUUUUCCGAUAAUAAUCUGGUGGGACCAAUCCCCCAUGGAAAUCAAUUCGACACUUUUGAGAACGAUUCCUAUCAUGGAAACUUGGGAUUAUGUGGCUUCCCUUUGACAAAGCAAUGCGACAAUGGUGACGAACCUAAACCACCUGCAUCGAAGUUCAAGGAAGAUGAAGGUUCUCCAAUAAGCUUUUUAUGGCAACUUGUAAUGAUGGGAUAUGGAUGUGGAGCAGUGCUAGGAUUGAGCACCGGCUACAUCAUGUUCACUACUGGAAGGCCGUGGUGGUUUGUGAGAAUGGUUGAGAGAGAUUGGAAACCGAAUGUUACAAGGUGGGUUUGCAAAAUUCGAGGAAAAAGAAACAUUCACUGAAUUUAAAAUUUCAAGUGGUUCGAACUGAAGCUGAGAGAAGAAUGCACCCUUGCUACAAUACAAUUGGCUAGAAAUUAAAGAGGAUAGUUUCUGGGUUCGUUUCCAGUGCAAGUGGUUUUAAGAUAGGAUUCAAGGUGUCGUUGGAGGAUAACUUGCAUUGCUUGUUCAAUUCGAUCAUGCUUAAAGUUUGGUCAGCAAAAUUAAUAAUAAGUUUUCCAAUU